AUGUGGAAACUGUUGAUCAUUUUGUCGUGUAUUUUAUUGUGUAGUGUGACAAAUGGUAGUCGAGUGCAUGCUGUUAGUUUUCUCACCAAUGCUUCCUAUCAAGAAAUGGAGGUGAAAUCUGAGACCAGUUUGUCUCUACGUGAUAUACUUCCAGUUAAAGCUAAGUACUACGAUAAGAAUAGGGCUCCAAAACUUUUGGGACAGCCUACCAUAGUAUACUUCCACGUGACUGUACUAUCCUUGGAUUCAAUCAAUGAAGAGAGUAUGACGUACGUGGCAGAUAUUUUUCUGGCUCAAUCCUGGCGUGAUCCUCGUCUUCGACUUCCUGAGAACAUGCACGAAGAAUACCGCAUCCUUGAUGUCGACUGGUUGAAUAAGAUCUGGAGGCCGGAUUGCUUCUUUAAGAACGCCAAGAAAGUGACCUUCCACGAAAUGAGCAUACCAAACCAUUAUCUCUGGCUGUAUCAUGACAAAACCUUACUUUAUAUGUCCAAGUUGACAUUAGUGCUAUCCUGUGCUAUGAAGUUUGAGUCAUAUCCUCACGACACUCAAAGUUGUUCUAUGAUGAUAGAGAGUUUAUCACACACGGUGCAUGACUUAGUAUUCAUCUGGAACCUAACAGAUCCUUUGGUUGUAAAUCCAGACAUCGAACUCCCUCAACUAGACAUAGCCAACAAUUUUACCUCCGACUGCACCAUUGAGUACUCCACAGGUAACUUCACAUGUCUGGCGGUAGUUUUCAACUUACGCCGACGUCUUGGCUACCAUCUGUUCCACACGUACAUACCGUCAGCGCUCAUCGUAGUGAUGUCCUGGAUAUCUUUCUGGAUUAAGCCGGAAGCCAUCCCUGCUAGGGUUACUCUGGGAGUAACCUCCCUUUUAACUUUAGCAACCCAAAACACGCAGUCCCAACAAAGUUUACCACCAGUCUCCUAUGUCAAAGCUAUAGAUGUCUGGAUGUCUUCCUGUUCAGUGUUCGUCUUUCUGUCCCUGUUUGAGUUCGCUGUGGUCAAUAACUACAUGGGUCCCGUAGCUACCAAGGCUAUGAAGGGAUACUCUGAUGAAGAUUUGAGUAGAGAUUUAGAUGCUUAUAAGCACAUAUUUCCAAACUCGGUGGAUCCUCGAGCGAGUACAUCUGCCUCGCUCCCGCAAUACGAAACCUUCUGUAACGGGAGAGAGACAGCAUUAUAUAUAGAUCGUUUUUCCCGUUUCUUCUUUCCAUUCUCAUUCUUCAUACUGAACGUUGUAUAUUGGUCCACGUUUCUAUAA